UAGGCGCGACGUAGACGUACGGCAGCGGCGAUGUCGUCGCUGCUGCACGCUGUGUCCUCGUCAUCCGGUGGAGCUCCUGCCGCCCUCGAAGCCGAGGUCGAGGAGAAGCUCGUCCUGUACGACGACGACGACAACGCGCCGCCACCGGCAGCACCGCCACAGAUCAAGCGAGGGGAGCGGCGCCUGCAGCCUCGUCGUGAGGGCAGCGCCGCCGACGUCGUCGGUGACCACCGCGAGAGGUUCCUCCGCGCAUACGAUCGCCUCCGGGACGAGCUCCUCGACGACGACUCGUGCGAGCUCACCGAUGAGGCCACGCGCUGGGUCGCGCAGAUGAUCGACUACAACGUGCCUGGAGGGAAACUGAAUCGAGGUCUGUCAGUGAUCGAUAGUUACUUGCUGUUGAAACAAGGAAGCGAGGUUGCUGAAGAUGAAUUCUUCCUUGCCUGUGUUCUUGGUUGGUGUGUCGAGUGGUUUCAAGCAUGUGCACUGCUACUUGACGAUAUCAUGGAUGAUUCUCAUACAAGGAGAGAUCAGAUUUGUUGGUACCGACGGCCUGAGGUUGGUCUUCACGGCAUAAACGACGGUAUUCUACUAAAAUGUCACAUCGCACGUUUGAUAAAAAAAUACUUUAGAGAAAAGCCUUACUACAUAGACAUCUGUGAAUUAUGGAACGAGAUAGCUUUGCAGACUUCUCUCGGACAGAUGCUUGAUCUUAUCAGCACACAUAAUGUGGCGAAUGACGUCGCAAAAUACAAUAUUGAAGGGUACCGUCGUAUUGUCAAGUACAAGACAUCUUACUACUCUUUUUAUCUUCCCGUAGCUUGCGCAUUGCUGUUGUGUGGCACAAAACUUGAAAACAUCAGUGGGCUAAGGGAUGUGCUUAUUGAAAUGGGCAUAUAUUUUCAGGCACAGGAUGAUUACUUGGAUUGCUUUGCAGAUCCUAAUACAAUAGGGAAGAUUGGAACUGAUAUUGAAGAUCACAAGUGUUCCUGGCUAAUUGUGCAAGCUCUUAGCCAUGCCAACAGUAACGAGAUAGAAGUAUUGCUGAAAAACUACGGAAAGAAGGAUUCAACUUCAGUUUCCAAAGUGAAAAACACUUAUUCAACUCUUGAUUUGAAGGACAUCUUCUCUGAGUUCGAAGAUCGAGCUUACAAACACUUGGUCACUUCUAUUGAAGAUCAACAUGACCACGCGGUGCAGGAGAUCCUCAAAUCCUUCCUAAAGAAAAUCCACCGCCGGAAGAAGUAGAUGAAGAUGACGGAGAUUGCCUAGUUCCCAGGGACCUACUAGGAACACCACUGCAUGCACCUAUGUUAUCAGCGUGAUUUUCCUUUUCCAUUUACUAAAAUUAUAUUCACGCUAUGUUCAGAGCAGAUUGAUUAGCUAGCUUGUGGUUGAUGUCAAACAAGUGCAGCUUAUGUGCCACGCACCAAACACUGUGUGCUUUGUCAGUGGCGUAGCUAAGAUCUAAAGCAAGGGUGGUCCAUAUUUUAGAUGUAAAA